UAGUCCUCCACUCGGCGCUGCCGUCACUCGCUCGCUCCAUGCGCAUCACUUGGCAAAGGCGCAGCCAGUGCGCUGCGCUCCUCCUCUGUCCUGGUGCGCACCGAUCCUUGAUUUACGCGCGUGGUGCCAAGUGAGACGCAUCUACAACAGAGGCGGGGGAAAGAAUCGAACAAAGUAAACUGUUGUCUUUGUUUUCUUUUCCCCUUUUUGUCGUUUCGGACCUAGAGACGCACCAACUUGCCUCAUUCUGCAGGCCAGGUGGCCAAGUGAGAUGUGAUCCAGAUGUAGAGUCCGUUUGUUGUUGUUUUUAAACCAGCUUAGAGGCUCAGACGAAAAUUGACAGAGGCUGCGAUUGGAACCGUUUGUAACUAUAAAUCAAAAAAAAAUAAAAAUAUGGAUCUUCGUGCGCAAAAUGAGAGCUCUACUUCCCCAGAGUGCGUCGGAGCGCAGACCGACUUGCUCCACGGCAACGGGAGCUUUGGGGCAUCGAACAUCACCUGCGACAACGCCGUCACACUGCACAUACCUCGGCGUGUGAGGCAGAGAGAUGAUGACCACACGCUGCGGAUCCUGCUCUACUCGCUCAUCUUCUUCCUGAGUGUAUUCGGCAAUCUGCUGAUCAUUGUGGUGUUGACAGUCAACAAGCGCAUGCGCACCGUGACCAACACGUUCCUGCUGUCGCUCGCCCUCAGUGACCUGAUGCUGGCGGUCUUCUGCAUGCCCUUCACCCUCAUCCCUAGCAUCCUAAAGGACUUCAUCUUUGGAGCGGCCAUGUGCAAGAUAGUGUCCUACCUCAUGGGUAUAUCAGUGAGCAUCUCAACAUUUAGCCUGGUUGCCAUAGCGAUUGAGCGCUACAGCGCAAUCUGCAACCCCCUGAAGUCACGAGUUUGGCAGACCCGUUCCCAUGCCUAUCGGGUGAUUGCUGCCACAUGGGUGGUGGCCUUUGUCAUCAUGAUUCCCUAUCCGAUCAUCAGUCACCUGGAAUCGUUUCAGCGCCCCGACAACACCACCGCGCACCAGUGUCGCAACAAGUGGCCCCUUCCAAUGGAAGAGCAGACCUGGUACAUUCUGCUUCUGCUGGUGCUGUUCGCGAUCCCGGGAGUGGUGAUGAUUGUGGCGUAUGGACUGAUCUCCAGGGAACUUUAUCGGGGUAUCCAGUUUGAGAUGGGCCACAAAAAAGACUCCACUGAUGUUAAGAAUGGCCUGACCUCCACUGUGUCCUGUGGGAGUGAUGAUGGAGACGGCUGCUACGUUAACGUCGUCCAGCGGCCACACUCCAUGGAGAUGUCAACCAUGGCUGCGUCAGGCAGGGCAGUCAAGGCAGAGCGGCUACGCAGCAACACGUCUGAGGCCAAACUGGAGGCCAAGAAGCGAGUCAUCCGCAUGCUGGUGGUCAUUGUUGUCCUUUUCUUUCUCUGCUGGAUGCCGCUCUACUGUGCCAACACAUGGCGGGCUUUUGACAACUUGUCUGCCACACAUGCCCUCUCAGGGGCCCCGAUCGCUUUCAUCCACUUAUUGUGCUACACCUCUGCCUGCGUCAACCCAAUUAUUUACUGCUUUAUGAACACGCGCUUCCGCAAAGCUCUGCUUGCCACAUUUUCAUGCUGCGCUGCACCUUGCCACCGUCGCCGCCGUCGCGGGCUACGGGACAAUGAGGAGGAUGUUAUGGCAACUGGGGCGUCCAUGUCCAAGUUCAGUUACACUACAGUCAGCACCAUGGGAACCUGCUGAGGCAGUUGGAUGCAGACACAAUCCAGGAGCGACAGUUACUACGCCAACACAGCAUCCUAUUUUCUUUAGGCCAACUCUGCUCAUAUUGACUUUAAUGUGGAGUGAAAAGAAAAACAGGCCAUAUAAUGUAGCAGUACACACGUUUCUCAUAUGGGUGAAAUCAUGAAGGGUUUAUUUAAAGCCGUCUUACAGUGUAAAGACCUCCAUAGCUAUAUUUUAAAAAAGCACAGAAACAGAUUGCUGUCUCUUGUCACGGAGGACCAAGGCAAAAUAUUUGCUUAGAUUGUGUGUGUGUGUGUGUGUGUGUGUGUGUGUGUGUGUGUGUGUGUGUGUGUGUGUGUGUGUGUGUGUGUGUGUGUGUGUGUGUGUGUGUGUGUGUGUGUGUGUGUGUGUGUGUGUGUGUGUGUGUGUGCGUGCGUGUGUGUGUGUGUGUGUGUGUGUGUGUCGUGCGGCGCGCUAGUGAAGAGGACAUAAAUAGUGGUGAAUAGUGGUGAGCUGUACGAUAUAUGAAGGACGCAGUCUUGACAACUCAGUAGUCAUUAUGUAGCUAUAAAAACAUUUUUUAUGGUUUGCUGUCAGAUGUUAAUGUUUAUCUGUGUUAAUGAUGGUAAUGCGGUUGCCUUGUAGACUAAGUGCCUGCCACUAAAUACUAUGUUACAGUAUAUUUGUCUGCUGUUGAUUUGCCUCAUUCGUUACAGGGCACCGUGAAUACAGGCAAGAUGUUACCAGAGGGGCUUGGAAGUGGAGUUAAAACAAAAUCAAAAAUCCUUCUCCGCAGCUGGGAAUUCCCUGUGAUGUAUUAGAAGGUUUGUCUGUCCUACACUGCUGCAUGGUUCACAGAAAACAAACUUCACAGGUAUAAACUGUUUACAGUACAUAGGCUGUGUUGAUGCCUUGUGUUGGGGUCGUAUACUGUAAUGUUAGUCACAUUAUCUAAGUUUUUGGAGACGGCUUUGUGCUGCAAUGUUUUUUUUUGUAUCGUGUCCUUGCAGCUACUGUGAACUGCAAUUUUUUCUCAGAUUAGGGUCUCAUAAAGGCAGUUGAUAACUACUCAUCACAUCAUGGAGAACAUGUGUGAUUAUGAUAUAUUAUUUAAUGGCCCCUACAUUAUUAUAUUCCUGACACCAUGAGAAAGACUCCAUUAACUCCCCUGACUAGGGCAGCAAGGACAGAAAAUAGAUUGAUGUUUGAUGGAGUUACAAGGACCAGAUUCAAUUUCCUCAGGGAAAAAUGAUGAGUUGAUUAAUCUGAUGUAAUUUAUUGCAGAUAAUUAUUCAGUAUAUUUUUGCCACAGGGUUGUUUAUGGUAUUGGUAGACUGGAGCUUAAAGCUGACCAGUACACAGAAACCCCACCACAGCUCCAACAGCUCCAGCUAUUGCCUCUAUUGUCUUAGUUAAAUCAAUGAACCCAUUUUUUUUCGUGACACUAAAUUCAAGCAAACCUAUAUUAUGUUAAGAAACAAUUUCAGCUCUUUUUUCAGGAAGCAUGUUACCAAAUAAUGUUUACAAUUAACCCUGUUUAUUCUAAUGUAGUUGGCUUUUAAUCGGUGGCAUUUCAAAGACUGAAAGACUAUUAUGAUUUUUUUUGUGUUUGUAUUUAGUGCUUGGUGAAGACAUAACGUACUUAUUAUUAUAAUAUACUGGACCAAGCAACUCAUUUGACUCAUAAUUACACAAUACAUGAUCUAAAACAAGAAGUCACAUUUACAUGUUCAUUCUGUUGUACUGAAACAUAUACAUGUGUUAAAUGUUAUAUUUGUUAAGUGUACUGUAAGACAACAUCAAAGAUUUUUGAGAACAGGAAGUUCACUGCUGCCUUAUGGUACGUUUUAAAGGAGUAAAACGAGGCCCAACUACCUGCAGCAUGAUGAAUAAAUUCAACGUCUUGCUCUUUGGUGUUGAACUCACCUGCAGGUGAGAGAAAGGCAGCCACAGAUUUCAGAGGUCUCUGUUUGGCUAACACGCCUGACUCCGGCUCUCCCCACUCACCUCGCAGUAAUUGUGUUAGGACCUCAACCCUGCCGGGGCUGAGAGAAUGAGCAUAUUUCUCUGAGUGCACCAAAGCACAAUGCUGUCAGUCUCUCAGCUAUAGAUGUAUGACCUGCACUCUUGGGCAGCUUUGGUGGUUCAUUGUGUACAGGAUUUUUCCUUUGUGUAUAAAUCAUGCUGAUGCAUUACUGCAGGGCAAUUUCAUCGGCGAAGUCCUCAGUCUGGGCUGUCGAAAAUCUAGCAAGUGACAGUCUUGAUGACAUGACUAAAAUCCCAUACUUUAGAUUAAGUAUCCGCUUCUCCUGCUCCCAUAUCUCCAAUACAAUGGUGCGACCGAGGAGAAUAAAGCCCAAUCGUCUGUGAAACACGAGAAACAACACACUCGUCCUGCUGCUGGUGUUGUCUCGGGGCCGUAUGGCCUCGGUGCUGAUUAAUGCGGCGGGAUCAGACCUUUUUUAAAUGCAUGGCAUUUGUAAAUAUGCAAAUAGAAUAAAACCAAAGUGAGAUCGUGCUCGAUUGUUUUUGAAAUUGAAAAGGCCUGCCUAAUCUCUCAGUCCCGAUUUUAAAAUUGUGGAAAAGCAGACAUUUCUUCCUGUGGAUGAAGUUCUCCUGCAGUAAGUGAGAGUGUUUCACGGAUUGAGAAAUACUACUGUAUAAUGAAAAUGUUCUUGUUGUUGUUUAUAAGUACAGUUGUGACUUUUUUUUUUUUUCCUUAUGGAUGACUGUGAGAGGCUGUUUGAUGGGAUGAUUUGCUCCGCACCUCACCUCAUCCAAUCGCUCGGAACACAACACGAGUACUGCAGUUUAAAGUGGUGAUAUUGCACUUACUCACAACCAAUAACAGACAGAUGCCCGUGAUUAGUUAUUUUCCUUUUUCACAAAAGUAAUACUGACUAAAUUCUCAGUAGAUGGUAGAGUUUUUCAUCGUAUUUAAUGAAGCCGAGUUCAGACUACAUGACUUUUAGAGUAAGUCUUGCGGUCGUUGCGAGUUCAAACCACACGACUGGCAACACACAAGACGUCAUUUAUCCUUUUAAAAUUAUUUUACCGUGGUUAUUCUACCCUGUCCUCUCCGCAAAGACUACACAAAGUUGUCACUGGCUCCGCUGAGUAAUUUCUCCGCUUCCACCUUCACCUCCCCCUGUUCUAACUUCUCAGUAUGACGAUUUGCAAUGACAUCUCUUUGUUUUAGAAUUACGUCUGCCCAUAUCUCAGUGAAAUGUUUGUAGGGCUCUUGGGGGGCUUAAUUGGUUUCUCUUACCGUUGCUCGUACUGAGGAGCCCCCUCGUGAGCAGAGCCCAUGCCUCUGAAUAAAAAGUGUAACCGUUUGUUACAGUACACAAGUGUCGGUGACAAAAAGCGUGGCUGUGCUCAGGGGGAGAGCUGCCGCUGAACGAUAAGGACGCCGUCCCCAAGUGUUGCAAAGGAAGACAAAAGAAGGGGUUGGCAGUUGGAGUGGGGUCAUAACUGUUUAAUAUGAGCCAAGCUGAUGUUUGAGGAGCAAAUUUGCUUUACUGGGCAGCACUUCCUGGUGCAUUCGUCGCAAAUCUUUUGAGCUCUAGUAUGAUAAUUCAAAAGCAAACUCUGACAAAUAAAUAUCCUUGCUUGCCUGUCCUGGCAAUGUGAGAUAGGGCAGAGGGUGAAAGAUCAGGACUCUCAUCCAAACUCCAUGUCUGUGGUUAGGUAAUGAAAGCACACAAAUGUGCUUUCGGUGAAAUGUCAAUAAGCAUAUGGUUUUGUCAAGUAAAUGUGGAUAUUUUCCAUAUUUUUCCAUAAUAUUCCCUAACCUUAACCAAGUGCUACCUGUGUCUUGAUGUCACCAUGUACUAGUUCAAUACUGCCAUAGUCCGACUCUCUACGAGCUGAUAUUGUUUGGCCAAAUUGGAUAUUUUGGUGGAAAUCAGAUUAAAAACGUUGUCAGAGACCAUUUUUGCAACGUACCAGAUGUAACGACAUUUUCUCAUAAUGUUAAUAGAAGACAUGAUCCACAGCACUAAGUUUCACACGCAAAUGUGUUGCAUAGGAACAAUUUUUAGGAGACGGGGUUGUGCGAGCAACACGGGGCCUCACUACAAGACACACUGGCUGAUAAUGUAGGAGCUUUCUUUGUUGAUUGCACUUUUGUACUGUGUUGUAAAUUCACAACAAAUGUCGACAAAUUUGCAAUUAAUCACACGACCAAAGAUACACAGUGAAAUUGAGGCUUUCGGGAUCCCUGGAGGUCUGGAGCCUCGGGAUAGUUGCCAGCCUUGCCCCUUUAAUGACUUGUACACAUUUGCUUAUAAAAGGAGAAGCUCAUUUCUCGCACAACAAAGGUUUCAUUGUCCCUUGAAAGAACAUGGAAAAAACAGAAUACAAUGAGCCUUUUUUUUACACCUUUUUCGCUGUUGAGUCGUCGAGAUGAACAGCACUGGCAGUUGUCCGGCACAUGCGCAGCACGAGUUAUGUUUUAAUAAAGUCUUCAGGGUUGUAAUAUAAUGAGUGUGGAUCAGUCACGCCAGCCGUCAUAUCAAUAUGAUCCAUGUGGACUGUAGAAGUCAUAUUGUGGAGUUUAAUGAUGAGGAUUAAAGGCCGUGUUGUUUGAAAGUUAAACAUCUGGGUAUUGUCGUAUUAGUGCUGUUGUUCACCGUCUCUCUGGGGUGGACCUGGGAUUAGUGCAGCCCUCUUGUGAAGAUCAGCGGAAGUAUGUGGAGACACAAAAGCCUUCUUGAGCAAGAGGCGACUGGAAAUUGUAUCUGCUCCAUACCUGUGCGCACGUACCUGCUCAUCUGUAUCAUUGUUAAUAUACUGAGUACACAUUAAUCUGAAUUGUACUGAAAUCAGGUGAUAGAAAAUUAAGUAUUCUGUUGUAAUAUUUUUGCUAGUGACAAAAGAAAGAGACAAUCCUGCUUCUCAGUGACAUAUAGCAGUGUGCCAUGUUUUCAAGCAGCUUGUCCAGGCCGUAGGCUCAUAGUCGAUGAACAGGGAUGAUCCAAUGAAGAGUUACAGAAGCAUACAAGGGCAAAUGUAUUACUCAAAUGGUCACAGUUGACAGGCCACCAUUGCCUUAAGUGUGCUUUGAGUGUACAGUGAGUGUAUGUGCGUGUGUACAGUAUGUGUUCUUCAUACGUUCACUGUAUGUAUACAUGAGUCACUUUUGUUUGAGGCAAAGCUGGAGAUGAAAGCAUUUGGCAGCGCUGUUCCUCCAUCCAUGGAAAAGAAUAUGGGCAUCGGCAAGCAAUCUAUUCUGACGUAUCCGGGGUUGGCUUGACAUUGUCAAAUGUCUGUGGGUAAAUAGAAAUGAAAUGGGGCUUACUACAGCUUCUGCACUUUCUGAAAACAGUUAGAACUUUGAGGGGGGGGGUAAUCUGUGGAAAAAUAUUCAAUGUGAUUUUCCUGGCUGCUUUCCGUGUGUCUUGACGAUUGAAUUUGUGCUGCUACGACGAUGAAAGGCCUUAGGUGUUUACUCGUGUUUGGGAAUGUGCAGAAUGUGCAGCUUUCCGUUCUGGCUUAUGCUGGAGAUGGAGUGAGGUUCAACAGGUCUACCUCCCUAAUGACGGCGCAGAUUCAUUGCUAUUAUGAUUGUUUUCACAGUCACUGUUUACUGACUUGGCAGACAGGAGAGAUGUGCUAUCUGUCGCUGCAUUUGUAUAUUCUAUAUAUGGGAAAUGUACGUGAUUGUGUGUGUGUGUGUGUGUGUGUGUGUGUGUGUGUGUGUGUGUGUGUGUGUGUGUGUGUGUGUGCGUGCGUGCGUGCGUGCGUGUGCAUGUGCGUGUGUGUGUGUGGAGGAGAAAGGGCCAGGAUCAUGAAGUAUAGUAAAGAAUAUAGAGUAUAGGCAGAUUUUGUGGCAUUUGUUGUAUGUGUUUGAGGUUGGUGGCUGCUGGCUAAUGUGUCUUAUUAAAUUAUCUCUCUUUCUCUCUCUCACACACAUACACACACACAUACACACACACGGUUUUAAAUGUGUAUGUACAACUUGGUGAUCAUUCAGCUGGUAGUGGUUUGCUUUUGUUUUUGUGUGUAAUGUUGUAUAAUUCUAAUAAAGUCUCUAUGUCAAAUUU